UUUCCGGGUCCCUGACGCGAUAGUCGCUCCCGCUACAGCAGCGCAUCUUUCGGUUGUUUUUGUGCAGGUUACAGGAUCAGGUCGUUGCAGGACGAUGGACAACCUGGCAGCGAAUAAGAACUACACAACUGCUCAGGCAUGGCAGGGCCAGACCACCUGGUCCCCAGCCUCAACGAUCCACACUUUGUCCACCUACCAGCGCUCCGCCCAGAGGACGCAUUACAACCCCCAGCAGGCACCCGACAGCUGCUUCCUCAGCACCAUGGCGUCCGUGUCGCCCGCCUCGCUCUUUGCCGGCGGCGAGUCCCAAACGUUCACUUUUGAUCAGCAGGGCCACCCGGCGCCGGUGCUGCCGGUUGACACGCGUGGUCCCCUGCAGACUUUGCCCGGAGCACCUCCAUCGUCACACAAGGCAUCUUUUCAGUCUGCGUUAACCAAUCAACCAUUUCAGGGCGUGUCAACACUGCCUUCUUUUCAAAGCGUCCUCCAGGAGUCCGCUGCCUUCAGCCAGUCCUCGCCAGCUCCUCUAAUGGCGUCUCAGUCGGCGGCGUCCUCGCACUGCGGUGCCUCAAGUAACUCUGCUCAUCCUGAUAAAGACGGAACAAAUUUAACACCGACAAGCCGUUCUUCGAUUUUACUUCAGCGUUCAUUUUUACUCAAACAGCUGUCAGCGAUGAACAAACUGCUGGAAUCGCUGCCUGCAGAAGAUGACGACGACAAUUGUGGAACAUCACCACGCCACAAUACUCAGCUGGAAUCGCUCCCUCCAGAAGACAUUGACAAUGGCAGAACAUCGCCACGCUCGAAGACUCAGAAGGAAUCACUGCCUCCAAAAGACGGUAACGACAAUGGCAAAGCAUCUCCACGCUCGAAUACUCAGAUGGAAUGGCUGGCUCCAAUAGAGGAUGACGACAAUGGCGGAACAUCACCACACUCCAAUACUAAGCUGAAAUCGCUGUCUCGAGAAAAAAAAAAGGGAAGAACAUCGCCACACUCGAAAACUAAGGAGCGUCACUUGUCUGACUCGUCAAACGAAGGCCCUCCCGAUUCCUUCCCGAGCGACGACGACAUUUCAGACGCUCUUUAUGACCCCGGCAAGGAUAAUGACUCCUUCUCCUCUUCGGAUGAAUUAUGUCGCAGCCCAGACUCCCCUGUGUCCCGAAGGAAGGACAAGUCUCCCCUGAGAUCUCGCAAGGCUCGAAAGGAAGUGGCCAAACCGGACUGGACUCUGCUGAAAAACGUGAAGGUGCGCGCCAUGAAAGAGAGCAGAAAGCGUGUUUACCGCAGGAACCACUGCUUGUUUUGUGCCAAGGCCGUGUUCAAGAUGGCCAGGCACCUGCAGAGAGCUCACAGCCACAGAGCAGAAGUCGCCGCGGCCAUACAGUUACCCAAAGGCACCCGGGAACGGCAGAAGGCAUGGAACCGAUUGAUGAACGAGGGGAACUUUGUGCACAAUAAGCACGUGUUAAAGACGGGCGAGGGGCAGCUGGCGCCCCGAAAGAGACCCCGCAUAACGGGGAAAGCCCAGGACUUUCUCCACUGCCUCCACUGUCGAGGCCUUUUUAGGAAGAAAAGCUUAACCUGCCACAUGAGGCGAUGUCCGGAGAGGAAGAAGAAGGACAACGAGGCGCGGAUACGGCAGGAACGCGUGGAGACGCGGUGCGCCCUGCAAGCCAUCGGAGACCUCGGCAUCAGCCUCGGCUUCCGGGCUGUCCUGUCGCAGAUGAACUACGACGACGUGACGCGCCUGAUCCUGACCGAGCCCGUCAUGCUGCAGUACGGCGAGGACAUGUUCAAGCAUUACGGCCCCGCCCCCAAGAGGCAGGAGUACAUGCGGCAGAACCUCCGCCAGAUGGCCAGGCUGGUGCUGGAGGCCUGGAAAAACACCCCGCUGAAGAAGCUGGAGGAUUUCUUCCUCCCUGACAACUUCCAGCACGUGGUGUCGGCCGUCAACGUCCUGGCCGGCCACGACCCGGCCAGCAAGACCUACUGCACGCCCUCGCUGGCCAUCAAGCUGGGCUACUCCCUCCAGAAGGUCUGCCUCAUCGUCCAGGAGAGAGCGCUCAAAUUUGGCGACGCCAGCCUGGUGGAGUCAACCAACGACUUCCUGGUCGUGUACAGGAAGGAAUGGAACAAGAUGAUUUCUUCUGGCGCGCUGUUGGAGCUUCGGAAAACCAAAAGUAUCUCAAAGCAGAAGGUGCCCGACGUUCAAGCUGUGAAGCAACUCAACUUCCACGUGGAGAAAGUCCACAUUCUUGCUGAGAAGAAACUGCGGGCGGCGCCUUCUGCGGAAACUUACGGCGCCCUGGCCCGGGUCAUUCUGGCCCGGAUCGUGCUUUUCAACAGGAGACAAAGCCCCGAAGUGUCCCUGAUGCCCCUCACGGCUUUGAAGUCCUGUAAGAAGCCCAACCCGCAGGACAACUUGGACAUAUCCGUGUGCGAGCUGGAGAGGAGCAUGUGCCGGGUCUUGACUAGAAUCGAAAUACGCGCCACAAGCGGCAGGAUGGUGCCGGUCAUAUUGAAAUCAUCCUUCCUAGCGACGCUGGAACUCCUCGCAAGUGUCCGCAAGGUUUGCGGCGUCCCCGCCAAAAACCCUUAUUUGUUCGGCCGCCCGCACACACUCUCAGCCUACAGGGCCUCCAGAUGCAUCCUGGUGUUCGCCAAAGACAGCGGCGCCAAGGACCCCGACAAGCUCUCGUCCAUCAAAAUCCGCAAGCACCACGCCGCCAUGUUGCAUCUCAUCAACCUGAACGCACAGGAGGCGGAGCAAAUAUUGGGCCCCGUCAAUUGUGUGAAGAGCCUGCGGGAGAACCUCAGCCUGGAGCUAAAAGACGUUGGCCUGGACUCUGAAGGCCAACAUCUAGCAAGAUUGCAGUUUGGAGGAGCAUGGCCUGGGCAAUGGGAGAACUGCGAGUCCUCCAGGGGAGCGUCUGGUGCAAGCGUGAUUAAUUGUAUACCGUCUAGGAGGGCAAGGAACAAAGGCUCCCAAAUCCAAAGCAAGCACAAGUGGAGCGAGGCGGAGGUCCACGCCGUGGAGAGACAUAUGAUGCCCUUAAUCUGUGGCCACAAGGUGCCGCAGAAAGAGGACUGCAUCCGGUGUCUCAACGCUGAGCCGCAAGCACUGGGGACGCGCUCGUGGAAGGGCGUCAAGGACUACGUCAGGAACAGGAUCACCGCCCUGAAAAGACAACAGCGCUCAUAGCUGAGUGAGAACGGCGGAAGGGACUUGGAGCUGCAGCACCCUGUGUAUAUCUGGACACAUUUAGUUUUUACGGCUUGCUCUUCCCGCAUAUUUAAACGUGUGUUUGUUCUUUGUUGUGCCAUUCCAGACACAACAUUCCUAAACGGUAUUGUUUUGGCACUGUACUUCACAGCAUAUAUUUCUUCUUUGUCAAGUCAAGUCUCAUUAGAAAAAGAGGAGGCACAAUUAAAUGUAGUUUUUAAAAGGACCAUAAUCAUGAAUAACGUGUAAAAUUGUUUUCAAAGAA